AUGGGGAAGAGAAGCAGAGCUAGGGUUUCCAAGGAGCACAUCGAGGAUGAAGAAGAAGCUGACCGAGAUUUUUCCCAUGGAUCAUCUUCAUCAGCCGCAACAAGCUUGUAUGAGAUUCUUGGGGUGGAGAAAACUGCCUCUCAGGCAGAGAUAAAGAAAGCUUACUACAAGUUGGCUUUGCGCCUGCAUCCUGAUAAAAAUCCCAAUGAUGAGGUAAUUUAUUCUAAGGAAAAAUUCCAGCAGCUACAAAAGGUCAUCUCUGUUCUUGGUGAUGAGGAGAAACGUGCUGUAUAUGAUCAGACUGGAUGUGCUGAUGAUGUUGACCUAGCAGGAGAUGUCAUCCACAACUUGCGGACAUUUUUCAGGUCCAUGUAUAAAAAGGUCACAGAGGCUGAUAUUGAAGAGUUUGAGGCAAACUACAGAGGCUCUGAUUCUGAGAAAAAAGAUUUGCUUGAGCUGUAUAAAAAAUUCAAGGGCAACAUGGAGAACCAUGAAUUGGCUCCAGAGCCAAGUGAAGAAGAAUUUGAAGCUGCUCGUAGAAAACUUGAAAGCCGAAGAACUUCCAAACGGAAGUAA